CAACAAUCAAGCCAAGCCAAGAAAAAGCAAGAAGGAAGACCUUCUUCGUUCGUUUGUUUGUGCUGCUCUUCUUUGCUUGUUUGUGCUCCUUGCGCCAUGGCGGAUGACACGACAACGACAACAACAUCCAGGAGCAGUGAGAGCGAGUGGGAGACGGAUGAGGAAGAAGGGGAGCUGCAAGACGCAGUGGAUGACGUGCUGGUGAGCCUUGUUGCCAUCAAUGAGGACGAUGAUGAUGACGAGGAGGAGGACGACGACGAAGAUGACGACGAGGACGCUGGUCCCGGUGCCAAACAGGGCCAAGCGGGCCUGACCACGCCGCCACGCCAAAAGAUCCACGCGCCACAGGCACCAGUGACACCGCAAGAUCGAGCCGCAAAGAUUCGGGAGGAUGCCCCAGUGCUUGGACGCAAGCUCAGUGCUUCUGUGGAAGCAGGCGAACUCAGCGCACAGCGCGCCGUUGGUGCUACGCGAUGGAUGGACGUUGGGAUCCGCAAGCUGCUCAAGAUCAUCUUUCGCGAAGGCACCAUCGAUGGUGAAGGGCACAGCCAUAUUUCCUUUGGCCGUCUUCGUCGCAAGGCGUCCAGGGUGUUUUGGGGACAGGCCCUUGUUGGGCACCUGAAGGCGGCAAAGGUGAAGGGCGCUGUUGAUUUUGCCGGCGACCGACUCAUUCAGGGCGCCAGCGAUUCCGUGGACAUCAUCGGCAUCCGUGAAGACAUUGAUGACUCCAGUCCAGACACAUACACGUUUGGCCUGGUGCGUGCAUGCUCCUUCCGCAAGUCGUCCAAAGGCUCCACCCGCCGCGCCAGCAAAACCAGACUGGCAAACGUCACCUCUGCCACAUCAUCAGCAUCCUCAACAGCGGCACACGGUGACAGCGGCGGUGUUCCGUUGCGUCAGACGCGAUCGUCGCUCUCCACGGCCCGCGCCACGGCCCUGCGUGCCCGCAAGCUGUCAAACACGCGAGGGAGCCGGCUUGUGAAUGCCGUGUCCACGUCGCUGGGAACAACAGGGCGCAGCGGCACGUUCUCUCGCGAACUGCUGCAGGCGGGUGACCCAACAGACGAGGAGACGGAUGCGAUUGAGGACGUGCUUGCUUCCCUGGCAACAGUCAUCCACACGGAGGCCAAUGAUGACGACGACGACAACGACACCGACGCUGGCAAUGGCAACAGCGAUGAUGCUGCUGGUCGCGCUGUGCACACGUUUGACGUCCUCGCGCACACACGCAAGCCAACGCACGCACAUCUGUUCCAGCGGAAGUUGAGUGUGAGCAUUCGCCGCGGCGAGCUGAACCCGAACCGAGCGCUGCAGGCGGCCGCAUACGUCGACAAGCAGCUCCGCCGCCUAGCCAUGUGCAUCCAAGAGUCUGGCGCACCAGACGUCAACAAACGCACUUGGAAGAUCCAACUGAAGCGCCUUGCUGACGAGACGAGUGGCAUGUUUGGCGAAGAGCAAUUGCUUGGGCUGCUGCACACUGCGCGGGACCGCGGGAUUGUUGCGCUGCCGGCGGUGGAGCUGCAGCGGCCAGACCACGACUCGCUGUCCAUCACCCUCCUCGUGAACGACGUGGAUGACGCAGACGAGGACACAUACACGUACGACCACAUCCGCAUGUCGUCUGUGCGUCAGCGCAACGACUCGCCCCCAACUGCCGCCGCCGUUUCCCUCCAGCCACUUACCGAAGAACACGCUCACGAAGCAGGCGAGAAGCGCGACCUGCUCGCCCGCUUGGAUCUUCUUGAUGCGGAGGCGCCCGAUGACCAGGAUGAUGAUGAUGAUGACCAGGAUGAUGAUGAUGAUGGUGACGGCAACGGCAGUUCGCUGUUUGAAGGAAAGCGCUUCAUUGCGUCUGGUGUUCCCCUCGACUUUGAUCUUCCCGAUGAAUCAGAGCAGGUGGCCGCGCUGAUGCAAGACGUUGAAUCGCUGCAGUUUUCGCUGCGCCUGGCCGAGUCGUCGCUCGCGUCCACAAAGGCGGCGCUGGAGCAGCAGCUGGCAGCCGCGCGCAAGGAGACGGCAGCCGCCAAAGACGAGUGCAAACGGCUUGGCGAGGAGCUUGCACGCGCACGCAAGGAGCACGCGGCUGUACUUGACCGCAUUGCGCACCAGCAGGACAAGCAGGCGGAGAAGCACGCCGCGUCGCUGACAAGGGCCAAGGACACAACGACGGCCGCCCAGCAGAAGGUGGACACGCUUGAGCAGCAGCUUGUUGCGGAGCAGCGCGCCCGCCACCGCGUCGAGACGGAGAUGGAGGAGAUGAGGGCCAAGCAUGACAAGGAGCGACAGGCGCUCAAGGACGAGCUGUCGGCAAGCCUUCGUGCGACCAUCCGGGCUGAGGUGGAGGCCCAGGUGAUGGCGGAACACGCAGCUGCACGCGCGGCAACGAAGGCAGCAGCAGCAGCAACAGCAGCACCGACGACAUCCAUGACAGCAAGCAGCGCGCACCCGGCCACUCCGCAGCAACAGCAGCGUGGUGCGACGGUGACAACAAACAGGGUGGUGACGCCUGCGCCAAUGAACACGCCAUCACCCCCAACAACAGCAGAAGAAGCAACAACAACUGCAACUGCAGGGGGCCACAGCAACAGCAGCAACCCUGCACGACGUGCGGCAUCCCCUGUCGCAAUGACAACAGCCAAACCAGCUGCACCAGCAACGCCGAGAGCAACGGCAGGGUCAGCCCUGUCUCCAGCGCAGACGUCGGCCCAGAAGAGGAUUGCAGAGGCGAAAGCGAAAGCGCAGGCCGUGAAGGUGAAGGCGCACCGCCAGCUGACCGCGCGUGAUGUGCAAGCGGACGAGGAAGCCGUGAUUGACGUGCUUGCAAGCAUGACGGCCAUCAACCGACGCGACACCAUGAAACAAAAGGCGGCAAUGCAGCAGGCUGCGCGCAAUGCGGCUGCAAAGACGAAGGCAGCGAAGAACAGCAACCCCACAUCGGCACCAACCAUCACCACGACGUCUGCUGAUGACGACACGCAACCGAAGAACGAGGCCGGCACGACUACAAUCGUGGACCAGUCGUUCAGCAUCCCGGACACGGCGCCAGUGCUGCAGCGGAAGCUGUCUGUGUCUGUGCGACGCGGUGAGUUGAACCCACGCCGCGCCCUCGCAGCCACGCGCUUUGUGGAUGACCAGAUACGCAAGCUGAUCCAGAACAUCAAGAGCCAUGGACAGACGGACAAGGCGGGCAAGCCGACCAUCACCUUUGGAAAGCUGUUUGAGACAUCAAACAACCUCGAGAACCUGUCUGGAACCCUUCGGACGGCCAAGAAGCAGCAAAUUGUGUCGUAUGGGGCAGAGAUGCUGCUCAAGGGCCUGCAUGAUGGUGUCACCAUCACCUUGCUUCGCGACGGCCUCCAGGACUCAAACCUCGACACAUACACGUACCAGCAAGUGCGGGAGGCGAGCACGCGGCGCAAGCUGACGGCGACGCUCAAGUCGUCCAUCCGUCGCAGUACAAUGAACCGCUCCAACUCCAUCAACCUCAAGCAGCUCGCAGCCUCCGCACGCGCAAAGCGCGACGCCCGCAUCGCUGACAAGCAGCCGGGCAACAGCAGCGGGAACAGCGGUAUCAGCACCAACGCGACGUCUUCCACGUCAUCCAACCCGAACAGCAGUGCCGCCACGGAUGCUGGUGGCCGCAGUUGGCAGCGGAGAGGCGCAAGCUCGUCGACGCUGCUGCACCGCGGAAGGGUUCUGCCAAAACAAACAGGGAGCGGCUCGCGGUCGGAGCCAGGCAGCGCAGCGGGAUCACGCUCGCAGCUGAACCCUCCCGAUCCGGCUGCAAGCGACAACAGCAACAGCGGCGGCAGCGGUGAAAAGAGCGAUGGAGAUGAGGACGCGGUUGUGGAUGUGCUCGCAAGCAUGGCUGGGCUGUACCACAAGGAGCAAGUACGCCUGAGCCGCCGCGGAAAGGCCCCAGCGCCAGCAAAACCGGCUUCUGGGCCCGAUGUUCCCGACGAUGCGCGCAUCAACCGUCGACGGCUCAGCACGUCUGUCCGCAAGGGCGAACUCAGCGAGAAGCGUGCGCAGCAGGCUGCCCGCUGGAUCGACAAGGAGAUUCGCAAGCUGAUUGCGGCCAUUGAGAAGUAUGGGAAGCCCAACGGUGCCCCGGACCAGCUUGAAGUCAGCUUUGGCCAGCUCUUCCAAGAAACACAGAAUGAGUUUGAGGCACUGACAGGCACGCUGCGCACUGCGAAGAAGCACAAGGUUGUGGCAUUUGAGGCGGAGACGCUCUUCCAGGGCGCACACGACCACGUCGUCAUCACCCUGCUCAAGCACGAGAUUCCAGACUCAACCAUCGACACAUACACAUACAGACAGGUGCGCCAGUGCUCUGAUCGUCGCAGGCUCGGCAAAGCGUUUGGCUCAUCGUCGUUGCAGACAAUCUACUCUGCCUUGCUCGCCUUCCUUCCCGGCCCUCCCUCAAGCCAUCACCACCACCACCAACAACAACAACAACAACAUCAACAACAACAUCAUCAACGACAACAACAUCAACAACAACAACAACAGCCAUCCAAUCCAGCUCGUGUCGUGUAUGCGAUUGGCCUGUACAACAGCCAAACAAGCAAGCCGUCCUUGCUUGCCAUGGCAAAGGACCUCAGCUCGUUUGGCUUCUUCCAACGAUCAAGCGACACGCCGUUUCCUGAGUUGAAGGACACGUUGGCGCGGUAUCAGGACCCGGAACAAGCAGACAACAUCAUGAAGGUGCAGAAGGAGCUCGACGAAACAAAAGUCAUCUUGCACAAGGUGAUGGAGUCUGUGCUGAAGCGUGACGAGAAGUUGGACGACCUCGUCGCCAAAUCCGACCAGCUCUCCGCUUCGGCCAAGAUGUUCUACAAACAGGCUCGCAAGACAAACAGCUGCUGCAACGUCACCUAA